AUGGACAGCGACAACAUGGCACGUCAACGGAUGUCCCAUGUUGUCCAGAUAGUGACAACGACGACUCACAUUGUCACUAUCUACAUUACUGGAGGUCUUGCUGUAGGAUGUAUGCCUCGCCUGCACUUUUGCCCAUUCAACCAUGAUGGCUGUCGAAGAUUGUACCUCAGCACUUUGGUCACAGGUAAGAGCGAAACACUUACCCUCAUGCAAAACUGUGUCACUGCCACCCACAAUGGACUGUGCGGCUGUGGUCCAUAUCCACGAAACACCCUUUUUGCCUUGACCCAGGCCCUUCUCUAUAUUCACUCGUUUCUUCUUGGAAAGCUCUCAUCCAUCUGGUCUGAAGGGAUGAUCCGGAUCUUCGAUACUAACCUCGUGCCCAUCAGGCAUUGUCAGGCCUCCGUGAUUCAACUCUCGCAGUUGAUUCUCCCAAUCACCAGGGCCCACAAGUUUGAGUAA